CGACGUGCACCUCGUCGUUCGAUUCCCGGCGAGCCGCAAGGUAAUUCAUUCCUCCGUAAUUGGGUGGUCACUAGCUUGGCUCUGUUCAACAACUGAUCUGACACUUACACCCCCCGCGUACCUUGGGCGUGGAUGUUCGAAAGGCACAGCCCCGGGCCUACCCUGUUCUCUUUAUGUUUUUCCCUUUUGCCCUGUUUCUUGACUUUGGUUCGUUAGCCGGUAGUUCCCCAUUUCAUUUGUCACUGACACGGACAAAGUCUCUCGCUCUCUCUCCUGCUCGUCUCAUUGAGACUUUCUUGAUGCCAAGCCAUGCCUAUGCCUGUCUCCCCAAGUAUUGCAUUUGCAGCUGCCGCUUUACACAUCAUUCCGUGUCGGUGAGGGCAAAGCAGGCACCAGGCUGCAGAAGAGGACUGCACUGCGGUGCGGUAAGAGAGUUAGAGGCAAAAGGGACGCCAGGAGGGUGUCCGUCCCAUUCCAUCCCAUGCCAUCCCGUCCCGUCCCAUCUCAGUCGACAUGUCCUUGCCCAUGCUCUUGUCUCCAUCUUGAUCCCCAUACUCCAUCAAACCAAGGUUUGGACCAUUCUUUCUUGAUGUCUUUUUCGGCCGCUUGGUCCGUCAGUCGGACCAUUGAUACCAACGCCCGCCGGCCAGUCAGAUACUGCCGCGCCUCCUCUUCCAAUACACCCUCCUGCUUCUUCCUCCACCGACGCGAGACGUGCCAUUCAUAGUGAAGGGGUAGAGUA